UGAACCUUCACUCUCUCACUCUCUCUGUCUGCGACCCUGCAUAUUUGCCCCGGCAGCAGCCACCCCCAAGCAAACCCCAGCUUGGCCCUCCUUGACCUCACCUGAUUCUUCACCUUCACCAGACCACCACCUUGCGGCCGAUCCCUUCACUCAUCGAGCGCACGCCCUCCAUAGGCUCGUCCCAUGCCGCCGUCGAGGCUGGUAGCGGUUCGCUUUUCCUCUCACGCGUGACAAGAACGUACUCCCAAGAACACGACGCACCGCUCCGCCAUGGACAUCAACUCUCUGCUAUCGCCGCAGGAUUCGCCUGCCACCGAGACGCCGCCGCCGGUUCCCCCAGUGGCAGCCCCAUCGUCCGCAAAGCGCGCCAUGCGCCAGAUUCCCUCACGCACCCCGUCCGGCCUCAGCCAGCAGACACCGCAGACGCAGCAGCACAUCACCUCCUCACCGCAGCGCUUCCACCAUGAUCCGCUCCCUCCGCACUCCAUGCCUACCUAUAUGCGCCAGCCCCCGGCAACCCACGCUCCACUGCAGUCGCCAGGUCAUGCUGGAUACACCAACGGAGGAACACACAGCGCCGUGCACACCCCUACCUUUGACAAAGGACAACUGGGCUCGGCGCACGACUCUAGAAUGACAACCCCGUACCCGCUGCAUCGGCAGGCCUCGACACCGGGGAUGGAUACCUUGGCAGAUUUGGCGUCGAUGCAGCAUGUUCAGCAGACGGCGAGGCAGCAGAACGCCAGCCAGAGACCGUCGAUAAGUCUCCAGAACAUCCCUCGCGGCAUCUCCGGCGACUCCAACGUUAGCAUGCAUACCGAACCGUCUCCGCGGACACCGCGUGUCUUCACUUCACGUUGGCUCGACCAGGCCAGUCUUGAAGCUCUAGGCCAGCUUGAAAAAGCGCUCAUCGAGAACCCAUUCGACUACUACAGCCAUGUCAGCUUCAUCACCCUCUUGCACCAAGGGUUUCAGAACCUUGUCAAUUCCACCGACGGCUCGCCGCAUGCAGCUCACACAUACGACUUGCUACCUGUUCUCCGCGAGGCCUUUCAGUCGAUGGAUAACCGAUACACUCUUGGGGAGCGUCUUUGGGAGCUCCGGAUAAAUGUUGAGCGGGUGCUAGCAACGAACCUGGAAGAGCGCAUGGCCGUUCUAGAGAUGUGUCAGAAGGCGACACGUGAGGAGCCCUACAGCGCCAAGUUAUGGGUUCAAUAUGGUGAUUACGUCGCACAUUUGGUCGCCUGUGUUUGGGAACCGGUGGCGCCAGAGCGGUGGUCUGACGAAGAGAAGGCGCUAGGUACGGAGUUGUUUACACCGGAUCUGCUUCUGGACACAUGGCAACGAGGCGCCGAGUUCGUCAAGUACGAUGUUAGUGACAGUCACCUCGUGUGGGAUCGAUAUCUACAGGCGCUUGUAGACGACCUGGAUCGCAGAUACAACCCCGAUAAGGUGAAGAGAGUGGCGAACAUCUUCAACGAUCGGCUCAGCCUACCUCACGCCACAUGGGACCAGACGCUAGGCCAGUAUUCCACGUUCAAUUCGCGGUUCUACCAGGAUAACUACGAAGCCAUCAUGGAAUACGCCGUGUCACACCAUUCGCGUGUCAAGGAGAUCUAUGCCCACCGUCAUGAGCAUGAAUUCAACUUGCUCAAGGCGCAACAGUCUGGGGAUCAGUCGGCGGAGUACAAUGCCAUGACUCGGUAUCUCAAGUGGGAGAAGAAGACAAUUGGCGUGUCGAGUUUCCCCCUUGUGAAUGCGCUCUUCGAGCGUGCGACGGUGCGAUUCCCGGUAGAUCCGUCGUUAUGGGAAGACCAUGUGGAGUUCCUCAUCUGGCAGAAUAACCGCUCUGUAUCUCUGCUCGACGUCCUGGAGCGUGCAACUAGGCAUUGCCCUUGGUCCGGAAGCCUUUGGUCUCAUCGGAUAUUGAGCCUUGAAGCAGAUGGCCGGUCCCACGAAGAAAUCGAGCAUGUCAAACACAGCGCCACGCGGACCGGCAUGCUGGAGCAUAAUGAUAUUGAGGAACUGAUGAAGGUGCAGAUAGCCUGGUGUGGCUACCUCCGCCGAAAAGCUUUCGAUGAUCCCAAGUCUACAGAAGACGAUGCCGACAUUGCCGAGAUUGGCAUUCGUUCCGCGUUGGAACUUGCGCAUGAAAUCGGCACGAAGAAGUAUGGCAAAGAAUGGGCCGGUGAUCCAAAGUACCGCCUCGAGCGCAUCCAUAUCAAGUUUCUGACGCAGCGGGGCAAUCUGGAGGAAGCGCGGCAUAUCUGGAAAACCCUUGUCAAGAAGCAGCAGGAUUCGUACGACUUUUGGUACCGUUAUUACAUAUGGGAAAUGGUUAUUUGGUCUAGGUCAGCUGUGCGGGAUCAAACCAAUGCUGGGGCCCAACUUCUGCCCCCUUCCAGAGCUACCGAAGUGUUGGAACUGGGGCUCAAACGUCUCACUACCGUGGAUCAUCCGGAGCCGCUCAUUGAGAUGUACGUCAACCAUUGCGAGCAGCACGAAGGCGUCCUCAAGGUCCGAAGUGCGAACAUCGAGCGGCGGCGCGCAGAGACCAUUGUAUCGAUUCGCAGAGCGAGGGAGAAGUCGCAGGCUGAGGCUGAGACGGGUUACAGCGCGCACGUUGGCGAUGGCGCUGGGAAGAGAAAGCGGCAGGAUGCCACGGAGGCCGAACCCGCUGUGAAGAAGAGCAAACCAACUGAGGCCGAGGAAUCUGCUGCCGUCUCCACAUCUAUCGAACCACCAGCGGCUGCAACUAAUGAAGGCCCCUCUGAACAGCCGAUUCCAAAGCGAGACCGUGAACAUGCGUCUAUUAUCGUUCGGAACCUCCCAGCCGAUGUGACUCAGACCCGCAUCCGGAAGUUCUUCACCGAGGCUGGCAAAGUGCGGAAUAUUACGAUGAAGCCAGAGCCAGAUCAGACCGUGACGGCGACUGUAGAGUUUGAAACGGCGGAAGAGGCUGAAUACGCUUUAACGAAAGAGACGAAGGGUUUUGAAGGAAGGGAUAUAACUAUCAAGAAAGGAGAGAGCACAACAGUGUACGUCACCAACUAUCCUGCUCAUGCGGACGAGGCCUAUCUCAGGAAACUGUUCGAACCUUGCGGAGAGAUUCUCGAAAUGCGGUUCCCGUCGCUGAAAUUUGCCGCGCACCGUCGGUUCUGCUACGUGCAGUUCGCUAGUGCCGACGAGGCCCAGGCUGCUACCAAGCUUGAUGGCACGACAGUUGAGAAUCUCAAGUUGGAGGUCAAGAUCUCGGAUCCUGCUGCCAAAAAGAAACGCUCUGGUGCGAAUGAGGAGGGCCGGGAGCUCUAUGUCGGUCGCCUUCCAUUUUCUUUGAAUGCGUCCGAACUGAGAGAGGCCUUCGAGCCGUUUGGCACGAUCCAAAACAUAAACAUGCAAGUCCACACUGCUGGUAAGUUCAAGGGGAAGAACAAGGGUUAUGCGUUCGUCGUGUUUGACACGAAAGAGAACGCUGAGAAGGCUGUCGCGGCAAUGAACGGCAAGGACAUGCAGGGCUUCAAAAUCCAAGUCGAGAUUGCGAGCCGCGAUGGGAAACCCAAAGUGAAAUCUGCCAUUGUCAACAAUAGCGAGGAGCCUCCAGACUCGCACAGCGGAGAUAAGAUGGAGCAAGACGACGACAAGAAAACCCCGACACCCGCCCCCGAAGCCAAAGUCGCGCCUGUCGCCGACCGCACGAUCGCCCUCCUCAAGAUCCCCGACACGGUUACCGACGCGCGGAUCCAGAAACUCGUCGAACCCUGCGGUUACAAGAAGAUCACUCACCUGCCCCAGCACGGCGGCGCCAUCAUCGAGUUCCACGACGUCAGCGCGGUCGGGAAAGCGAGCCUCGCACUCGAUGGCCACGAGAUCGAGGCGGGAAGGAAGAUCCGCGUUGGCACUGUUGCGGAGCUCAAGAAAGAUAAGGCCGAGUAUAGAGCACCGAGCAAUUUGAUGAAGCCUGCUACGCUCACCAAAAGACCCACGGCGCCUAGUGCUAGGGGUAGAGGAGGGGGGCUCCUUAGAAGCCGGGGAAAGCCUGGGUUAGGUGCUGCACAGAGGGGGACGGCGACGGCGGGGUCUGCAGGGUCCGGGUCGCAUGGGGGAGAAGAGAGGGAAGUCAAGAGUAAUGAGGACUUUCGCAAUAUGCUUCUGCGGCCUGCUGGGUCUAAGGACAAGGCGGGUGGUGAUGAGGAAAUGCGGGAUGAUCAUGCGGGAUGAUGAGCUCUUUUGGCUGCUCGGGGUCUGGAGCAACCUCUGUGCAGCCUUGGUGGGUUUCGGAGCUGGAAAAAUGGGAACUCGGAUGUGGGAGUUUAGAAGCGAAACUGGACAUUAGCUCAUCAUGUAGAUCAGAUGCUUUUAGGCUUAAUAGUAAUUAUGGCAUUCUGUGAAGGGAAUUCAAUGUCAUUUUGAG